GCAGCGCUCUCUCCUCACUCCCACAGCUCCCACCGUUCUCCAGUCGAUCACGCACGCUCUCCUCGCCGCCGAGAUGUUCGGGUUCGGGCACCACCACAAGGACCAGGCGCCGCCGGCGUCGGGCCCCAACCAGAUCUUCAAGAUCUACUGCCGCGCCUCCGAGGACUACUGCCUCGCCGUCCGCGACGGCGAGGUGGUGCUCGCCCCCGUCAACCCCAAGGACGAGACCCAGCACUGGCUCAAGGACAUGCGCUUCAGCACCACCGUCAAGGACGAGGAGGGCAUGCCGGCCUUCGCGCUCGUCAACAAGGCCACCGGCCUCGCCGUCAAGCACUCCAUCGGCCAGUCCCACCCCGUGAAGCUGGUGCCGUUCAACCCGGCGUACGAGGACGCGUCGGUGCUGUGGACGGAGAGCAAGGACAUGGGCAAGGGCUUCCGCUGCAUCCGCAUGGUCAACAACACCCGCCUCGGCUUCGACGCCCUCAACGGCGACAAGGACCACGGCGGCGUGCACGACGGCACCACCGUCGUGCUCUGGGAGUGGUGCAAGGGGGACAACCAGUGCUGGAAGAUCUGGCCCUGGGCCGAGGCGCACGCCGCCGUCGAGUCCGGCGCCACCAUGGGCAACAACGCCCACGCCAUGGGCGGCGGGCCCCCCGUGCACGCCGUGCGCGUCUUCUGCAAGGCCGGGGAAGACUACAGCCUCACCGCCCGCAACGGCACCGUCUGCCUCGCCCCCACCAACCCCAGGGACGACUACCAGCACUGGAUCAAGGACAUGAGGCACAGCAACAAGAUCAGGGACGAGGAAGGGUACCCUGCGUUCGCACUGGUGAACAUGGUCACCGGCGAAUGCAUCAAGCACUCCACCGGCCAGGGCCACCCCGUGAAGCUGGUGCCGUACAACCCGGCGUACCAGGACGAGUCGGUGCUGUGGACGGAGAGCCGAGACGUGGGCAAGGGCUUCCGCUGCGUGCGCAUGGUGAACAACAUCUACCUCAACUUCGACGCCUUCCACGGCGACAAGGCCCACGGCGGCGUCCACGACGGCACCGAGAUCGUGCUCUGGAAGUGGUGCGAGGGCGACAACCAGCGCUGGAAGAUCCUCCCCUGGUAGAUGAGCUGCCGCAUUGCCAUCGACACAUCGCCAUGGAUUAGUCCGGGGACAAGCCCCCCAAGUCGUCGUAGUCGCCGUCCGUCCGUCCGUCCGUCCGUCGUCGUCGUAGUCCUGUGCCGCUGGUAGCGAAUAAUGUUGCUGUGUCCAAAUAAAACCGUGUGCGAUGUGUGGCAAUGGUGUCUGUGUGCGUGUGUCGCCUUGUGAUUGAAUGAUUGAGCCGGCGUUUCUGCGAGGAAGAAGAGAGUGUUGGAGAGAGUGAGGAGAGGGACCAUGAUUCCGAAGUCUGAACUUUGAUGUAACUCGUCUGUGUUUUCUUGGUACUGGGCCCUGUACUGUGCUACUCUGUGACCUGCACUGUCUCCGUUUUUCUGCGAUCUAAUCAAUGGGCUCACCUAUCUUCCA